AUGGCUGGACUCGGUAAGACAGCAUUAGCAAACACAGUUUACCACCAUAUGCAAAAUUCAAUUUCUCGCCACUUUCAUAUUCAUGCUUGGUGUACUGUUUCUCAAGCAUACAACAAGCACAAUUUGUUAGCUCAGAUUUUGUCCAGUAUUCAUCGUGGUAUUCCUGGCGAAUAUCUUAACAAAGAUGAAGAUAAAUUGGCUGAAGAGCUAAGGAAGGUUUUGUUGAGAAAUAGGUAUCUCAUAGUUUUGGAUGACUUAUGGGACAUUGAGGCAUGGAAUUUGUUGGAAAGAUCAUUUCCAAAUGAUGCAAAUGGAAGCAGGAUUCUCUUAACCAGUAGAAUUCACAGUUUGCCAUUGCAAUUAAAGCAUGCUAGCGAACCUUACCAUCUUCGCCAACUUACUGACAAAGAGAGCUGGGCAUUACUGCAAAAUAAGCUAUUUGGCGAAGUAGAUUGUCCUCCAACACUAACUGAAGUUGGAUUCCAAAUUGCAAAAAACUGUAAGGGACUAACUCUCACAAUCGUCCUUGUUGCUGGAAUUCUUGCAACUAUUGAGCAAGAUUGCUGGAAAGAAGUUGCAGAAACUCUAUGUUCUAGCACCAUUGUUGAGACUGAACAAUGCAAGAGGGCAUUGGAGUUGAGUUAUAGUAAUUUACCAGGUCAUCUGAGGCCAUGCCUUCUUUACUUCGGAGCAUUCCCAGAAAAUGCAGACGUCCCUGUCCGAAAAUUGAUCUGGCUUUGGAGCUCUGAAGGAUUUCUGCAAAAGACUGAAGGAAAGAUUUUAGAGGAUGUGGUCGAUGAGUACUUGACCGAUCUGGUCCAAAGAAGUUUAGUUAUGGUCACCCGACAAAGAUCUAUAGGUGGUGCCAAAGCUUGCCGAAUUCAUGAUUUGAUACAUGAGUUUUGUGUGGGAAAAGCCAAAGAAGAAAGUUUUCUACAGAUUUCUCAUGGGGAAAAUGAUCUUUUUACUCUGACUGGACUGCACAACCUUCACCGACUAUGUAUUUACAAUUCCAAGCCAGAGAAGCUUAAGAAGUUAAAGGUAUUCUUUCCCACUUUACGUUCUUUGCACUUCUCUGCUAAGUGGAAAGUGUUGCCUUAUUUUCCAAUCGGGGUUCUGUUAUUUAAACUUCUUAGAGUGUUGGAUUUGGGACGGUUUGGUUUUACCCAUGAAUUUCCGAUGGAAGUGGUAUUGCUUGUUCACUUGAGAUACUUGGCGAUUCGGAGCGUUAUGUCCGUGCCAUCUGACAUAGCUAACCUCUCAAGUUUAGAAACUUUCUUAUUGAUACAAAGCUGGGAUGAUGUUGUGCUACCGAACACUAUCUGGAACAUUCAGACAUUGAGGCAUCUAUUCAUUAAAAGUUCCCGGUGUGGUUUUCGUUUUCCUGCUGACAGUCUUGCGGGCUCCCCGGAUUUAAAACAUUUAGAGACUUUAAGCCUUGCAAUUGAUUCCUCUUCUCAAAGCUUGCAGAAGAUAUUGACAAAGUUACCAAGCAUCCGCAGGCUAAAAUGCGUGUCUUACAUUGAGAAUUAUAGUUCUUCCAGAAACUGGAUUCUCGUGCUGGAUGGUCUGAGUCGACUAGAGUCACUUAAAGUGAGAAAUCUUGCUCCGUUGGAAAUUAAAUUCCCACUUUAUUUGAAAAAGUUGACUCUCUCAUGUACUCGUAUGCCAUGGACUGAAAUUUCAACGAUUGGAGAGCUGUCCAGUCUUGAAGUGCUUAAAUUACGGCAUGAAGCCUUUGUAGGGGAAAAAUGGGAAAUGAAAGCAGGGGAGUUCCUUAACCUCCGAUUCUUGGAAUUGACAAAAUUGGAUCUCCGAAGUUGGACUGCCACUUCUGACAAUUUUUCCCGUCUUGAGAAGUUAGUUGUCCAAGACUGCUAUGUACUGGAAGAGGUCCCUUUUUGUUUAGGGGAAUGUUCAAAUCUUGAAAUGAUAGAGCUCGCAUGGUGCUGUAAGUCUGCUGUGACUUCUGUAAAGCAAAUUCAACAAGAACAGAUGGAUGCAGGAAAUGAUGAUCUAAGGGUCAUUCUUGAAGAUAAUUGGGACUUUCCGAUUCUUCAAAGCGUGGUUGAAUUAACUCUUCUCAUCACUUGA